UCUACUCAUUCAACAACUUUUACUACAUACACCCCCCCACCAUAGAAUCUACGCCUUUUUUUUGGGCUAAAAUCUCUUCUCUUUGAAUCUCUAGAUUUUGUUCCUUUUAUAUAAAAAAAUAUAUCACAAAGAAGUUUCAAAGAAAGUUUCUAGUGUUGUUAUAGAAUCAUAAUAAUCACCGUCUCAAAUUAAUCACUUUAAUCCUCUAGUGUUUUUGUGAUUUUUUCAGCUUUUCUUCCUCUUACCUUACCAUACCAUAACCACCAACAUCACCCCACGAUGUUAAAAGCACUUUUGUUCACACUUUAUUCUCUUAUUUCUUUCUACCAAUUCCAUUUUCUCACAUUUUAAUACUAUUUAUUACAUAUUUACUACCUUCCCUUUUCAUUUUCACCCCUUUUAAUGUCUUUUUAUUUUUUUCAUUCCAAAAGUCUCUCACUCUUCAAAGUUCAAUCUUCUCACUCAAGUUUCUCAUUUAUUAUUCCAAAAUAAAAUAAAAUCUCUUCCUAUUUCUUUACCCAAAACACAAACACAAACACAGUUUCUCACAAAAAACACAAAGAAUCAUCAUGGAACAACAACAACAACAACAGAGUAUCCUAUGUAAAACCACUGUCCACCACCAAACUUUUACUAAGAAAUACACAAAACCAAACAAGAGAAAUGACACUAAUAGUAAUCAAAUCGAAUUACCACGCGUGAUUCGAUUAACGGUUACUGAUGCAGAUGCUACUGAUUCAUCCAGUGAUGAAGAAACACAGUGUUUGAUUCCCCGUAGGAGAAUCAAACACUAUGUUAAUCAGAUUGAUAUUGAAACCGUUGUUGAGACAACGGUUUCUGGUAGUAAGAAAAGGUCUUCUAGAGAAACUAAAUUGAAAUCUUCUAGAAGACCGGAGAAGAAAGUUGCUGUUGCUGUUGCUGUUGCUAAAGAUGAAAGAAAGUUCCGCGGUGUUCGGAUGAGACCGUGGGGGAAAUGGGCGGCUGAGAUUAGAGAUCCAGGGACUCGAGUUCGGUUAUGGUUAGGAACAUUCAACACUGCUGAAGAAGCUGCUAUGGUUUAUGAUGCUGCAGCGAUUAAAUUUCGCGGCAAAGAUGCUGUUACAAACUUCGGUAUACCGGAGUUUGAAAAUGCUGAAAAAAUUGAAGUUGUUAAGGAGAAAACAAAAAUCAAUAUUAAUAAUGUGAAGACGGAGAUUUCUGUUUCCGGUGAAGAUUCCGGCGAUGAGUUUGUUAAUUUAUCUUCUCCGACGUCUGUUCUCCGGUUUAGACGAGAGGAAAUGAAUGAAAAUGCAAAAAAACCGUUUAAUGAAGAUCACGAGUCUGUUGUUCAACCGGUUGAACCGUUUGGUGAAUGUGAAGGUGAGACGAGGUUUUUCGAAGAAACUAAUGAGUUUUUUCGACAAGAAAUGGAUGAUGUGUUUAAUUUUCCAACAACUUGUGAAUAUUUUUCAAGUAUGUUUGAUGAAACUCCUAUGGAAUUUUUUGAUGAAACGACAGAGGUUUUGGUUAAUGAGUGUCGUUUAAGUGAUCAUGUGGAAUUUGAUAAAACACACUCACGUUCUUCUUCAUCAUCAGAAGCUUUAUGUGAAGGGGAUGAAAUUCUUGAUGAUAUUUUGUUAGGAUUAGAACCUCUUGUUGUGCUUUGAAUGUUCAUGAUGAUAUCUCAAUUUCAGAAGUCGUCGUUGACCUGUUGAUUUUGAUCAGCAGAUUUUGAUUCCGGUGACAAGAAAAUCUCUAAAUUUAAUUAGGAGUUUAUAUUAUCUAUUUUGUUAAAUAUAUUAACUUAUCAAAUUUUGUUUAUUUAGUUAAGGAAGAGAGUUGAGUUAAGUUUUGUUUAAUUUUAUUAUUUAUAUUUUGUUGCUUAAUAAUUUUGAGGUUUAUGAGAAUGUAAUAUAUAUUGUUCAAAUAUCAAUGCAAGUCCUAUCUUGGUG